GCGUUGUCUGCCGUUGCGGUAGUGGUUCCGCGCGCGCCCGUCCGUGUACGUUGGUCGUACAUGUUACACAUGGUACAUACAUAGCGUUUUCUAUUUAUUAUUUUGUCGGUUUUUUUUUCUCUCUCCCCUAAUUGUUAUUAUUAUUUUUUUCCACUCGUGUCCGCCGCAGUCUGUUCGUCGGUCGUCAGUGCGCUUUUAACUGUUCUUUUUCGCUCUCUUUCCUGUUAUCUCCGCCGACCGCGAUUUUCGUGCGACACACGUUCUUCUCGCCGGGAUUCCGUGAUGUGCCCAUCCUCGAGACGUUUACCAUACGAAUCGCAGCACUUACCGCCGCCGCCGUCAUAGCGGGAGCGAGUUUUACUCUCAUUUCAUUGUUUCUUCUCGAAUUUCAACCGCGCCGAGCUCGUCCGGAAAUGAUACGCAACCCUGUCCUUCGUCUAUAACUUUUAACUACAUUGGGUCGGAUAACGCCGCUCGUCCCUCUCGUCAACCACACCAUCUCACGAUGUCGGCGAACGAGACUGCACGAAACAACAACUGCUGUGAUCGUCCAGAGGAAGAUUUCGUGAAAACACAAAGUAUUUCAAGUUUGGAAUCGGAUUCAUCAAAUUUUAAUAUUUAUUUAGAAAAAACUUAUUCUUCUGAUUCAGAUGUAUUAUUAGCUAUCAAGAAAUUUAAUGUACCUAUUAAAUACUUAGAAAAUCUAUCGAAUGUCAAUUUGUUGGAAAAAAAUGAUAUUCUGGUCACCACUCUGUUUGAGGAACUUGCUGUUAAAAGACCAUGUUUCAGAAUUCUUGGGCGUCCAGCUAUAUUAGAAUUGGCUAAAAACCCUAAAGGCUUGCAAGGAGUCAAUAGACAUCGAUAUUGCAAUGCACUUGUUGGUGCUAUUGUUAGUGUCACAGGAAUCCAAAAGAGAGAUGAAAUGGCACGACUUUUGAGUUUAAUACGUUGGAUGGGUGGUAGUUUUCGAGAAAAUAUUAAUCACAAAACUACUCAUUUAGUGUCUGGUUAUGCAUGUAGCGCUAAAUCUCAGUAUGCAUAUUUACAUGAGAUUCCAGUAGUUGGAUCAUCAUGGCUUUAUGCAGCCUGGGAGAGACGCAAUGAAAUGGAGUUUAAUGGAACUCAUUCAUCAUUUUUUUCAGAACAUAAAUUAAAACCAUUCCAUGGAGCCAAAAUAUGUUUUUCAGGUUUUACAGAAGAAGAAAGAUCGCAUAUGGUUGAUGUUUUAUUGCAAAAUGGAGGAACACCUAUAGAUGAUGAAAAUGAUACCGAAUGUACUCACCUGGUUACAAAGGAAGGUUAUUCAUGCAUUUCUAGUCCUUUGGGCGAUCGAGAUUCGAAUACUACACCAUGUUUACGAGGUGUUUUGGCUCCUAAAAAUCUAAUUCAAGUAUUUGAUAAAGAUGAUAUGUCAUUCACAAGUCCUAAUACACGAAAUGGGGGGUUCAAAAGGACACUUAGUAUGGUAGACAAUGGAAAUAUUUCGCAUGACACCAAGAAGAUGCGCUUUCAGUCUUUAGAUCCAGAAUGUGAUGAGUUUUUGUUUAAACAUCCCAAUCCUAUGUCAGCACGUUUGGAUCAAACAGAUCAAACUUUGGUUGUUAAUGAAUCUUCAAUUGAUACAAUUCCUCCUGCUAAAAAAAAUAAUGCCGAAAUCAUAAAAGAAGCAUGGUUUUGGACAUCUGUACAAUAUCAAAGUUGUGCCCUAACGAAAGAAUAUUUAUUAACUAAUUUAAAUGUAUCUAACACUCCAACAUCAGUUCGUGCAAUGUCAUCUUCAUUGACAUUAAGUUCUUCUUCUCGUGCACGCAAAAGAAAAAGACAGUUAGAUCGUUUGGGUUCUUUAUUAAGGCCUAGUCCAACCCCAAUAACAGUUACUGGUGAAACAUCACCUACCAAUAGUUCUGGGCCAUCUAAACGUAGAUCAUCAGCUACCAAUACCCUUGAUAACUUACGGUUAUCAUGUGGGUCGUUUUUGAAUUUUACUAGUAGUCCUGAUCAUCCAUCACCUUUUAAACACCCUAAAGAUCCAGAAUUAAUUAUAAAAGAUAAACCAUUCAGUCCACGAUAUCAAGUUUUUUCUGAAUUAUUGCAGACUGAGAUAAAUUAUGUAGGCGUUUUAAAUACAAUAAUAACGGUGUAUAAAGAACCCCUAGAAAAUAUGGUAGAUAAAGAAGAUUAUUUACUUAAUAAUACUGAAAUAAAAAUAAUUUUUGGAAAUGUUUUACCAAUUUAUCAAGUACAUCGUGAUAUGUUAGAGGAGCUCAAAUGUCUUGCUACAUCAUGGCAAGAAGAUAGUAGUAUAGGCAGUGUCUUUCUCAAAUAUUCCAGUGAAUUAGUGAAAGCUUAUCCACCAUUUGUCAACUUUUUUGAAACAACAAGAGAGAUGCUCUUGCAAUGUGAUCAAGCGAAACCUCGUUUUCAUGCAUUCCUUAAGGUUGGUCAAACAAGGCCUGAGUGUUGCAGACAGAGUCUCCAAGAGCUUCUUAUUCGUCCUGUUCAACGAUUACCUAGUAUUAGUUUGUUAUUGAAUGAUAUAUUGAAACAUUCGGACAAAAAUAACCCAGAUCACCAAGCUCUUGUAUUAGCUUUAGCAAGUAUACGUGAAGUAAUGACUCACAUCAAUGAAGAUAAAAGGAGGACAGAAGGCCAAGUUGUACUAUUUGAUAUAUUUAACGAUAUUGACAACUGUCCUCCUCAUUUAGUUUCUUCUCAUCGAAGCUUUAUUACAAAAUGUGAUGUUAUUGAACUCAGUGAUAAUCUUAGUGGUCGUGGUGAUCAUCUAACAAUAUUUGUUUUUUCUGAUGUCGUCGAAGUUUGUAAAAAAAGAAAAUCAUUUAACGGAAAAAGUCCUAAAGAGCCGAAUUCUGGUUCACAUAAAUUAAAUGGUGGUGGCAAAUCAUAUAAGCACAUUAAAUUAAUGCCAUUAAAUAUAAUUAAACAAGUUAUUGAUAUCAAAGAGACUGAAGACUGUCGUAAUACAUUUUCAUUAAUGAUUAUUGACAAUCAUGACUUUAAAGAACGAUUGUAUACGUUUACUAUGACUGGAACUAAUAGCAGUGCUAAUAAUAAAAAUGUAUUCUUAAAAAAUAUAUCACAACAGGUGGCAAACACUGUGUGUUCUGGUAAUAUAUUAGUUUCAUUAGACUCUCAGCAAUUGGAUAUAGAUACAAGUGAAAUUACUACAGGCACUCUUGGAAAAGCUUUCAAGUUUGCUAGUAGAACGCGUAUUAAAGUUGGCCGAGCCUUGAGCUUCAACAAAACUCCAAGCAAAUUGAAACGUGCUGUAUCUACGAUGAUGAGUCCAGUGCUCAGUCUUACCCAUAAUGGAUCAGGAACACAUGCCCUUACACCGUCCACUCAAUUAGCUAAUAUGCACUUAGCAUCGUGUACCAACCUUAAUGAAAUGUCAUCAAUUGAUCAUACCUUUCCAUCGCCACCGAUGUCUGUACAACCAACCAGAAAAAAUAAAACUUCAAUAUUAAGCCUAUCAUCUGCACCUAGGUAGCAUCCAACUGCCUAUCGGUACCUGCUUAAUUCUUUUCGAAACUCAAAGAAUAUUGUUUCAUUUUUAAGUCGUCAGUAUCGAUAGCUAUAUUAUAUUAUUAUAAUAAUUCUUUUUUAAAACUCAAUUUUAAAUUUUUUUUAAAUCAACUAUUUUAUUACCUUUUUUGUUAGUAUUUAAGAUUUGUAUAAUAGUGUUGUUGUUUUCAACUUUUUCCCAAGACAUUCUUGCCCAUGAUUUUCUUAUCCUAUACUUCAUUAUCCUCAAAUCAUUCAUUAGAUUUUAUUAUGUCUUAUUAAUUCCAUUUCUACUAAAAGCAUUUUUACCAUAUAUUGUUUACUCAGUUU